AUGAGAUUCAACGUGACUGCUGCAGGGAGUCUGGGAAGGAGACCACUCUGUCUAGUGGAUUUGGAAGACUGUGAAGAGCAGCGGCAACCAUCUUGGCACACUUUGGAGCUUGGGCAUGAAGCCAACAUAUGGGAUAUGGAGCCAAAAGAUGGGGAACAGAAACCUGGUCCUGAUGACCUUGAAGCUGCAAGGUCUCGCAUCAACUUGGCCGUGUCCUGCUGCCUCACCCCGCUUGGUCCCACAGGAGUGACAUGGGAGUGUAGCAGGUGUGUCCAAGGCCUCAAGUCCACGGCCUUACACACACACACACACACACACACACACACAAAGAUCCGCACAUCACCCAUCUUCUGGCGGCCCAAGACACUGUGUCUCUGGAGGCGACCCAAAUGUCUUCAGAAGAUCGCCCCCAGGAGAAACAAGCUUGACCACUGUGCCAUCAUCAAGUUCCCCCUGACCACUGAGUCUGCCAUGAAGAAGAUGGAAGACAACACACUUGUGUUCAUUGUGGACGUCAAGGCCAGUAAGCACCAGAUCAAACAGGCUGUGAAGCAGCUCUCUGACAUGGAGGUGGCCAAGGGCAACGCCCUGCUCAGGGCUGCUGUAGAGAAGAAGGCAUAUGUUCCACUGGCUCCUCAUUACGAAGCUCUGGAUGUUGCCAACAAAAUUGGGAUCAUCUAA